AUGCACGAGGAGCGGCAGGAUGAGCACGGAUUCAUCUCCCGCUGCUUCACCCGGAAAUACACGCUGCCGCCUGGUGUGGACCCCACCCAGGUCUCCUCUUCCCUGUCCCCUGAGGGCACACUGACCGUGGAGGCCCCCAUGCCCAAGCCAGCCACGCAGUCCAACGAGAUCACCAUCCCCGUCUCCUUCGCGGGCCCAGCUUGGGGGCCCAGAAGCUGCGAAAUCCGACCAGUCUGCAGCCAAUGGGGAAUAACUCUCCUCUUUUCGGUAUUCAUUCAUGUUUUAGGUUUUGAUGUGGCCAAGACAGGUGAUGCUCGAAUUGGAUUUGUUGGCUUUCCAUCUGUGGGGAAGUCAACACUGCUUAGUAACCUGGCAGGGGUGUAUUCUGAGGUAGCAGCCUAUGAAUUCACUACUCUGACCACCGUGCCUGGUGUCAUCAGAUACAAAGGUGCCAAGAUCCAGCUCCUGGAUCUCCCAGGUAUCAUUGAAGGUGCCAAGGAUGGGAAAGGUAGAGGUCGUCAAGUCAUUGCAGUGGCCCGAACUUGUAACUUGAUCCUGAUUGUUUUGGAUGUCCUGAAACCCUUGGGACAUAAGAAGAUAAUUGAAAAUGAACUGGAAGGCUUUGGCAUUCGCUUGAACAGCAAACCCCCCAACAUUGGCUUUAAGAAGAAGGACAAGGGAGGCAUUAAUCUCACAGCUACUUGCCCCCAGAGUGAGCUGGAUGCUGAAACUGUGAAAAGCAUUCUGGCCGAAUACAAGAUUCAUAAUGCCGAUGUGACUCUACGUAGUGAUGCUACAGCUGAUGACCUCAUUGAUGUGGUGGAAGGAAACAGAGUUUAUAUCCCCUGUAUCUAUGUGUUAAAUAAGAUUGACCAAAUCUCCAUUGAGGAAUUGGAUAUCAUCUAUAAGGUGCCUCACUGUGUACCCAUCUCUGCCCAUCACCGUUGGAAUUUUGAUGACUUACUGGAAAAGAUCUGGGACUACCUGAAACUAGUGAGAAUUUAUACCAAACCCAAAGGCCAGUUACCAGAUUACACAUCCCCAGUGGUGCUUCCUUACUCCAGGACCACAGUGGAGGAUUUCUGCAUGAAGAUUCACAAAAAUCUUAUCAAAGAAUUUAAAUAUGCUCUGGUCUGGGGUCUCUCUGUGAAACACAAUCCUCAGAAAGUGGGUAAAGACCAUACGUUGGAGGAUGAGGAUGUCAUUCAAAUUGUGAAGAAGUGAAACCUUCCCCCUUUCCCAUCUGCCGGGUGAACCACAACAACUUUCCCCAUGAUCAAGCACCCUACCCCAGUUCUUUCUGGCUUUGACAGUCACUGGAUCAGGAUCCAGGGGAGGGAGAUGGAGGCACCCAAACUGGAACUUCAUUUGUCUUACCUUGGUGUCACUGUGUAUGUUGAACUGCAUAAAAGACCUGGUAGGCUGGUCAGCUACAUGCAGCUUAUGUGUCAUUGUCAGAAUUUGUUUUGGGAUGGGCUGAAUGAGGAAGAGUAUAUACAGUGAGGCAGCUACAGAAGGGAUCCUUGGGAACUUGGUCUUGAAUGUGAAAUGGAUAAAAAUAUGAUAUGCGGCA